AUGAGUGCUAAAGAUCAAAUAAUUAUACCCAUUGAAUCUCCGAGGAAGAUGACAACAGAUCCCCAUGACGUGAUCCCACCAAAAACUGAUGAAACAAGCGGAAGCAGUGUCGAUAUCCUUGACGAGUUAAAGAAGAGCAAGUCGGAGAAAUUUUCGAAUUCAAAUGAAGCCCAGAUCAAAACUAGUCUCAAAACACAGGAGGUUCCAUUGUUGCUGAGAGAUCACAAGAAUUUCAAGAAGUAUUUUAAGCCAAGGGUGCUAUCACUCGGUCCUAUCCAUCAUGGUAAGGAUCAGUACCGGUUUGGAGAGGAAUUAAAGCUCAGAUUAGCGAAAAAAUUCGUCACGGAAAGUGGAAUGAGCGCUGAAAGUUUUUGCGACAUGAUUGCGAAGGAGAUCAAGCAACUAAAGAAGUGCUUCGAUGAGAAGGUGAUCGACCAUUAUGACAACGUCACCCUCGCCUGGAUGCUAUUCGUGGACGAUCUGUUCUUGUUGGAGAACCAACUUCCUUAUCAACUCCUCAAGGAUUUAAUGAAUUUGAGCGUGAAUAAAGAGUUGGCGACGUCUAUAAAAAAUUUCAUAUAUUCUAAUAAUAUGAUACAAGGUCACAAUGAAGCUGGUGAGAAUGACCCCAUCCAUCUUCUCGACCUCCUACGGACAAGCCUUCUAGACGGUUCCAUGCCAUCCAGUCAAGAUGACAAUAAUAAGCAUGAGUCGAAUCGCAACGUGCGGGAACUUAGAGCAGCAGGGAUCCAUUUAAGGCCUAGCAAAACUGGUUUAUUGAGAAACGUAUCUUUUAGUGAACUGUUCAAUUUCUUUCCCGGAUACCUUCAGCUUCCUCCCAUAAGAGUUGAUGACUCCACGGUUACCAAGUUCUUCAACUUGAUAGCCUACGAGAUGUGA